UGUUAUUGUUGCGACGGGAAAACCCGUGUCAUUUGUAAAUUAUUACAGAAUUAGAAAAGAAACACGGACAGCGCCAACAACACUAAAUUUGGAGGUGGUGGGGAUAUAUACAGCAGCAUCCGUCACAGUUCAUAGCAUGGGCUGUGGAUCUUCUUCUGGAUAUGCCAGCUUGGAAGACAUUAGAUCCCACUCCUCAACCAUAGCCAGCAAGCCCACAAACACCAUGCAAGCAGCUCCAGAGGUGAUCUCAACACAUACAACAACACAAGACAUAUCCAGGACAAACAGCACGAUCUCAACGCCAGGUUCACAUCACACGGUCAAAGAUGUUGAAUAUUCACGACCUAAUACUGAAGAGUUGAUGAAAGAUCUGAACAUCAGUAGAGAUGAUGGAACUGUCAAAUGGUGGGAUGUGGUUGAUGACUUUAUUGUCAGGGAUACCCCAGUGAUCAAGCCCCACACAAAGCGAAAGACAUGGAAGACAGUUCGUCUCUUCAUCAGCUCCACGUUCAAGGACAUGAGUUCUGAGAGAGAGGCCCUGGUGAAAGGGGUGGUUCCGGCACUGCGACAGUGGUGUACUGAGAGGCGCAUACGCCUCAUGGAAUGUGACCUUCGAUGGGGUGUACCGAAAGAUUCUGACACUCGGGAAACAUUGCUGGCCUGCUUGUCAGAGAUUGACAGAUGUCGAGAACAAAAUGAGUGUCCAUACUUCCUGAACAUGUUGUCCGAGCGCUACGGGAGUGUCAUGAAGCCAGAGGAGGUACCAGAAGACAUCAAACUCAGGUACAGCUGGUUGCCAGGGAUGUCAGUGACGGCUCUGGAAGUCUUCACGGGUGCAUACUGGGAGAGAAACCCCAACGCGCUGUUCAUGAUGCGUCAGCCAGGCUUUUUGAACGGUGUAAACGAUGAAAACCUUCGCAACAUUUACCAAGAGACUGAUCCUGAAAAAGUUGAGUCUCUUCGGGUCCUGAAAGGCAAAAUCAGGGAGAAGUUCGGAGACAGGACACAUGACUACAGCUGCCAUGUGGAGAAGACGGAAAACGGCAAGUUGAUACUCGGGGGACUAAAAAACUUCAGCGUGAAAGUACAUGACCAUUUCAAGGAGUGUAUUGAGAGGCAGUACCCAGCAGACUCGCUGCAGCAGCAGAUGACGGAGGUAGAGGUGUCAUACGCUGAACAAGAAGACUUCCUCCUUCUCAGAUCUCAGGGUUUGAAAGGCCGUGAUGACAUACUUGAUAGAAUCUCCAACUACAUCAACACCAACAUUGACAGCACCCGCAUCAUGUACCUGGCGGGGUCGGCAGGGGCAGGGAAGAGCUCCCUGAUGGCGACCUCAGCUGGGAAGGCCAUUGGAAAUGACAAGUUCAAGGUGUUCUUCCAUUUUGUUGGCGCUACUCCAGACUCCACAAACCUGUACCGAAUUCUAUCAAGGAUGUUUCAUGAGUGCAUGCCCCCAAACACCGUCCCUCCCAUGGACUCGGACGAGAUGAUGCGAUACACAGGAACCAUGUUUGAGAAGUCAACAGAAUAUGCUCUUGAUCAGGGAUACGAGAAGCUGAUUGUUUAUAUUGAUGCUCUGAAUCAGAUGGAUGAUGAAGGGAUGGCUCACAAACUUGGAUGGCUGCCCCGUAAACUUCCCAAGGGAAUGCGCCUCGUUGUCAGUACACUAGAGGGCGCCACCCUACAUGCCAUGAGGUCACAUGAGGUCCAGUGUGACGAGGUUAUGGUUGAACCCCUGAACCAGGACUACAGGACCAAGAUCAUUAGUGAAUAUCUGGCCGACUACAACAAGUUACUUGACAAGGAACAGAUGCAACUACUGGUGACAAAGGAAGAUGCAGGGCGGCCAUUAUAUCUCGCCAUCUCCUGUGAAGAGCUCCGUGUGUUUGGGGACUUCCGGAAUCUCACCAGUAAAAUACACAGUCUGCCUGGAGACCUGUCUGGCGUUAUUGAAAUUGUGUUUAAUCGCAUCAUUAAAGAGUAUGGAGGAGACAAGGUUCUGUCCACACUGUGUCUCAUCGAGACAUCGAGGUUCGGCUUGUCUGAAGCAGAGCUGGUGGAACUCCUGGCAGCGGAGCCCCUCAUCCCGAGCAGCAGCAGUACUGCAGUCCAGUUUACUGGGCAGAAGAUUUAUAUGGCAGAGUGGGCGUUAGUGUACCUGGGGCUCCAUCAGUUCCUGCGACCUUGUGGAGGGGGUUCCCGAUGAUGGGCGACUAGACUUCUACCACAG